AUGAGCUCAGACUCAUGUGAUAUUGAAAGCUGCGAAAAUGAUGCCAAUUUUAUGUGCAAUUGUGCUAACCCCGAAACAUUUUUAUGCUCAUCCCACAUAAGCAAGCAUCUUCAAGAUUCUCCAGGUCCCCAUCACGCCAUUAAAAUAAACUCCGAAAAAAAAAUCCAAACAAAGACUGAAACAAUUGACUACUUGCUCUUCUUCUCCAUUAAAGAGCAAAAUUCCCGUUUUAUUGGCAAAACUCAAAUUUCAUAGGUAGAGUUAUUAUAAGCCAAUUCUAUUAAAUUUUAAAUAAAUUGUAUUUAAAAUGUAAUUUUAAAAAUUAAUUUAAUUUUACUUAUCUAUUGCGAUUUUAAACUUCUGUAAAAAAAAAAAACUCUAAGUAAUGGUAGCAAAUGAGCUUUGUUCACUCAUGGAAGGGAAAGCUAGCAAAACAAACAGAAAAGCUCAAAAAACUCAAAAAAAGCUUAUGCAAAGAAAUAGCAUCAAAAAUCAUAAUGAUUGAAGCCAGCCUUCUCAGCUGUACAAAGAAAAUUGACAGAAAAAUUCUAACUCCCUUGUGAGCGAACAAAAUCAUGGAAAAUCUAUUUUUUGGGCAAAAACAAAUCAUCAGUGAGAUAACAAAUUUUUUAAGAAAAAUUAUUUUGAUAUAUAAGUAAUAAUUAUUAUAGUGAAAUCUCUAGUUAAUUCUGUUAAUUUUAAAAGCUCUCAUUUUACAAAUUUAAUUAAUAUUUGCUUUAAAAUUAUUUCGAAUAAUUUCGAAAAAAACUUUUUUAAAACGUAAACCCUCACAAAAUUUUUUGUUCGCUCAUUGGAUGGGAAUAAGUAUCAACCUAAAAAUAAAAGACUUGAUUUCUUCGGAAGAGAAAUCAGAAAAUGACCCUAACCUUAACACUUUUAUGAAGCUGUGGAAGAGGAGAGGAUCUUUAAAUAUCGAUGACCUGGAAAAGCGAGGAUCUGUCGAUAUUGUCAUACCUGAGAAAAAAGGAUCAGUUGAUGUCUUAAUUAUUUAGAAUUAGAAAGCGUCUGCCAUUUGGAUCACGCAGUCACCAAGGACCCCAAUGAAUUAUGGUUCACCUGCUUACACCGCCUCAGUUCCACCUUGUUCGAAUUGGGGCAAUAUUUCGCUGCCCCAGAAUCAGCUCAGACACUGCCUUUCUUCUUCUUCUUUUUCUUCAGCUCCUGAUGGGCCUGGUAUUCUUCAGUGAGAUUUUUCCGGACUUCUGCUCCUCCUUUGCGACUUGAGUGUUGAGUGGCUAUGAACUUCUGAGGUAUGCUGCUUGAGUUGGACGAAGUUGACCAUUUAGAAAUGAAAAAAAAAUGGAAUUUCUGGCGAAUUCUUGGUAAAAAGGAAAAAACCCAGGUCCUAUUUCACGUUAGGCAGUUGCCCGAUUGAUCUAGGUGUUCCCUGUAGACUUUACUGGGCUUGCCCUUUCCAAACCUGAGCCUACCCCCCCUUUGAGGUAAAACCAAAUCCCGAAUCUGGACUGAGGGCUAGGCUCUGCACACUGUCAGAAUUACUUACUACCUUUGCUGUCCUUUUCAGGGUUGGUAAAACCUUACCGGAUAUAAUUAAAUAUGUUCUCGAAGGAAUCGGCGAGGCCGACCGCGAAGCGCUUAGACGGUAUAUUUAAUAUAGAUUAGCUGAUGUCAAUUGUCUGAGAAGAGGAUCAUUUGACUGUGUGGUCAGUGAAACUGUGAGUACGAUAAAUAACUAUAGCUUGCAGAAUUUAAUGAGAGAAAUAAACUUAUUUAUGAGGAGUGCUGAAAGAAUAAAAAUCCAUGAGUGGAAUGAUUCUCCUACAAGUACCAAGAUGUUUGACGAUAGCAUUACACCAACGAUUAAGGAGCUUCCAGAAACAAACAAGAAAAAAUAUAAAAAAAAAUUUAAAAAAGUAAAAAAGCAAGCUGAAAUUGUUGAGGAAGAAGGAAGCUGUAGAGGAUCUAUAGAAAACUUAAAAGAAAUGGAAGAAAAAUUGAUUAAAAGUUCAGAAAUUUCAAAGAUUAAUGGUAAAAUAAAUGGAAAUGAAAAGCAAGCACCAGCCCCUAUUCAAGUAAAUCUAAAUAUUAAAGAAAAUGACACUAAAUCCCUUCUUAAUUUAAAUAAUGUUUUUUAUAGGUAAAAUAUAAUUCUGCAUGAAAAGCUUUAUAGCAAAUUUAAUAUCUCCAAAAACAAAAAUUUACAUAUAAAUUGUUCUAUUUCGCAGGAGGAGUGAACUAGGGUGCUAUUUAAAUAAAGUUAGCAUUUAAAUAUAUAAAUUUUAUAUAUAAUUUUUUUUCAAAAAUAUUUAAUCCCCCCUUUAAUAUAAACGCAAACUUUUUGUUCCGAAUUAAAAGGGGAAGUAAGCGUGAGGAUAAUGACAGCUUUAAAAGCAAGCCUUUGCAAAGUUACUGCUUUAAAAAUGUUCCAAGAAUAAAUUCAAGAGAGUCCUUAAGUCCGAAAUCAAGCGAAAUGAAAAUUGAGGUUAGGGCAAGCUUAGAGUGCUGCUGUUGUGGAGAGUUUUUUGACUCUUCUGAAGUAGUGGAAAAUUUCUGUGGUUGUCUUACAUGCUCUAAAUGCAAUAUUUUGGAGAUGAAAAAGUGCUAUCAUAUGAGGGGAUAUUUUGUUAAUGAAGUCUGCAAAAAUUGCCAGAGGCAGAGACAAGUGACUGGGCAUCGUUGGUAG